CCCAGACCUCGCGCCGCGCGCCAAAGCCAGCCUCGUGCGCUGCCCCGAUUGCACCCGAGGGCCGAGGACACCCGUAGCAAGCUGCUGAGCGGCCAAGCGCUGCCUCAGCGACCGCGUGCGGAGUUAGCGACUCGCCAGCUGCCCCGCCAAGCCGGGCUGCCCUCUAGACGCGUGCGAACGCGCAGCAGAGGAACGAUGAAGAGCACGACGACAGCACGACUCCGCGCGCGGCGCGCCCAGGCCGCCGGCGCGGCGUUAGCACUGGCGUCCGCAUUGUAUGCGUUCCGCGGCGGCGCCCGCCAAGCGAUGAAGUUCACGCGCUUCGCCGAGGCCGAGGACGAGGACGAGGAGGACGAGGACGAGGUCGACAAGGACAUUCGCUUGAAAUUGGAGGGCGUUGUCAUCAUCGUUUCCGGGAUGAUCCUGCUGUCGAUCGGCUUCGAGCAGGGUCGCGAGGUCCUGUUCCACCGGACGUCCGAGUCCAUGCGGCCCAUUUUGACGUCCAUGUUUUCCGAAUUGACGACGCUGGGCUUCAUUUCCGUUACUUUGUUUGUCAUAUUUACCAUACCCUGGAUGGAGACUUUAUCAGAAUCUAUUUACGGGGAGGAGGAAGGGAGCGAGCUGGACGAGCUGAGCGAGACGGUGCACAUGGUGCUGUUUCUGGUCAUGGUGUUAUUCUUAGCUCAAGCCAUUGGGUUAGUCGCGCUAGGUAAUUCGAUCCAGAAGCAGUGGCGGCUCUGGGAGACGUCGUCUAUUAAUAAGUUGCCCAGAUCUAUUGUGGGCUACGUCGAAGAUAUCUCCAGGAGGCCCUUUGCCGUCAACUUGUUCACGCAUCGCCUGCCGGUGCCGUACCGCAUCCUGGUCUACAAAGCCACGCGGGAUACAUUUGUGAGAAACCACCUGGCCAAGACGCCGGACUUCGACUUUUCGGCCUACCUCUCAGCUUGUCUCGGGCACACGAUCGCGGAGAUCGUCGAAAUUCCCAUGAACACGUGGCUGUUCUUUGAAUUACUCUUGAUACUCUGCUGGGUGGCCUUCUUCAACCUCACGCAGGACUGGGGCCUGGUCAUGUGGCUCGUGAUAGGCUACUUCACGGGCCCGAUCUUAGCUGCCGUAUUACAUGCCAAGAUCCGCGGCAUCGUGCAAAUGCACUGCGCGAACGACAUAAGGGAGAUCCUGAAGGCCAAGGACAAGAAGCAGAUCGCCGUGUAUGGUGCGACCGGUCAUCACCAUGGAUUGGAAGAAAAUUACCACCUCAACUUCUGGUGCGGCAGUUCGACGAAGUCGGCCUUUACGUUGGACAUGAUCCGCGUCGUUUGUCUCGCGCAAGCGAUCUACGUCGCCGUGGCAGUGACCACAUACGUCCCGCAAGCCUUCGCGGCGUCGUGUGGCCCGGCCAUGGCCGAGUUUCUGUGUCUGGAUCCGCUGUGGGUGAAAUGCACGUUCCUCGUCAUUAUGUUCCUGCCUCCCAUCAUCGUCAUCACGAAGAUGCCUCGUAUUUUGGAAGACUUCACGGUCGCGUCCAACAUCGAUACCAUGGUCCACCACCGUAUUCUGUCGAAUGUCCAGCGCCGCUCGAAGACGGUCGCGGCGUUCGAGGCCCUCAAGGUCGUCCAAUGUCUCUCGGAUACGGCGACUCUGAGGGCGGUAUUAGCCGGAGAAAUGGGCGAAGGCUCGGCGGGCAACGUGUCCAAGGAGUUCAAGGAAAGGAUGGCCGAGCGCAAUCGUAAGCUAGCACAACUCUCGGCGUCCGGACGGAAACAGCUCGAAGCCCGACAGAAGCGCCACUGGCACCACGUCUUUGAAAUCUUCGACGACGACAACUCGGGGUUCAUCACGACAGAUGAGUUCCGAGAACUCGUCCAGAAAUUCGGCCAGACGAACGACACGAGCGUGAUCGAAAUACUGAUCAAACACCUGGACGAGGACGGGUCGGGCCAGAUCGAGUUCAACGAAUUCCUGGAAUUCGGCAUCGCGCUCGAGGCCUUCACGGAGUCGAUGGCCGACAAGGAGGAGAUGAAGGCAGGCAUGUACCGGUUGGUCGAUAAAGAUGACUCCGGUACGAUCACGCUGGCCGAAUUGUUCAAGCUACUAAAUGAGGAUCUGGGCAUCCACGUUUCCAUGGACGACGUCUACAAUAUUGUGGCGGACCUCGAUGAGGACGGAAAUGGGGAAUUGGACGAGGAGGAGUUCGCGGUCAUGCUGGACCGAUUGCACGUGUAUGACACGUCUACACUAGAUGAGGUGAUUGCGGAUGAAUCGACAGGUGAGGGGCUGGAUGCGAAUACUGGGGUGACGCUCUUCGAGUCGGUGUUCGGGGUUUCCUCAAUGUUCGGCCGCGACCGGUCGGACACGGGGGGGUCCGACGACUCCGGAUCGGGGAACCUCGCGGAGCACCUCCUCGACCCGCGGGCCUGCUGAGCGCCUUUGUGCGCUUUCGCUCGCGUAAAUUAAUUUAUCAG